AUGAAUGGAAUGAAUCCCGGUAACGCGAGCAGAGCCGAGAGGAGUGCGGAGCAGCUGCUGUUCGCCGCGGGCACCUACAAACUUCUGGCCGUCGCCAUCGGGACCAUCGGGCUGUUCGGCUUCUGCAACAACGCGCUGGUCCUCGGGCUCUUCUGCAAGUUCAAGCGGCUCCGCACGCCCACCAACCUGCUGCUGGUCAACAUCAGCCUCAGCGACCUGCUGGUGUCCAUCAUCGGGAUCAACUUCACGUUCGUUUCGUGCGUAAAAGGCGGAUGGAUCUGGAGCCAUGCGACGUGCGUUUGGGACGGGUUCAGCAACAGCCUGUUCGGCAUUGUUUCCAUCAUGACUCUGGCGGCCCUGGCCUAUGAGCGCUACAUCCGGGUGGUCCAUGCCCAGGUGGUGGACUUCCCCUGGGCGUGGCGGGCCAUCGCCCACAUCUGGCUGUACUCCCUGGCCUGGACGGGAGCUCCUCUUCUGGGGUGGAACCGCUACACUCUGGAGAUCCACCAGCUGGGCUGUUCUAUGGACUGGGCAUCGAAGGACCCGAAUGACGCCUCCUUCAUCCUCUUGUUCCUCCUGGCCUGUUUCUUUGUGCCUGUGGGCAUCAUGAUCUACUGCUACGGCAACAUCCUCUACACAGUGCAAAUGCUGCGCUCCAUCCAGGACCUCCAGACGGUUCAGAUCAUCAAGAUUCUGCGGUACGAGAAGAAGGUCGCCGUCAUGUUUCUCCUGAUGAUCUCCUGCUUCCUGGUGUGUUGGACACCCUACGCUGCUGUGUCCAUGAUGGAGGCCUUCGGCAGGAAGAGCAUGGUCUCCCCCACAAUGGCCAUCAUCCCCUCGUUCUUUGCUAAGUCCAGCACUGCCUACAAUCCCCUGAUCUAUGUGUUCAUGAGCAGAAAGUUCCGCCGCUGUUUGCUGCAGCUGCUCUGCUCGCGCUUCUCUUGGCUGCAGCGCAGCAUUAAAGAGCGCCCCCUGGCUCCGGUCGAGCGUCCCAUCCGGCCGAUUGUUGUGUCCCGCGCUUGCGGGAGCAGAAACCGACCCAAAAAGAGGGUGACAUUCAACUCCUCCUCCAUAGUCUUCAUCAUCACCAGCAAUGACUUUCAGCACCUUGACGUGCCCUCCAAGUCUGGAGGAUCCUCCGAAGGGAACGUCAUUCAAGUGAGACCACUGUGA